AUGCCUCCUCGAAGAUCCGGUCGAAAUGCUAUUGCUACAAUUGCAGAUGUUCCAGGAGCUGAAGCCUCGUCUACUGCAACGAAGAAGGGUGGAAAAGAUAUAAAAACUGAGAAUACCGAGGUUCCAAAGUUAGCUGCGAAUAGUAUCCGAAGCAAGGCGAAAGAAGAGAGUGGCAGUUUAGAAGACGCAGACGAAAACGAAGACGAAAACAAAACUAUUGAUCUCCCAAAAAUAGCUAAGACUGUUAGUAUAAAGAAAGAGGCUGUGGUGGUCACAAAAAACAAAGCUCCCGUGAAACGCAAACUCAAGGAAGAGGAGGACGAAGACGAAGAGGACAAGGAAGAGAAGAAGGUUACGAAGAAGAGGAAAACAAAAGAAGAAAAAGAAGCAGAAACUAUGCCAUUGGUAGAACGUACAUUGGUUUCGACUUUAAGAAAGGCGGUACAUAUCGGCGCUCAUGUUAGUGGUGCAGGAGGCGUCCAAAACUCAGUAAAUAACUCUUCACGUAUCGGUGGCAAUGCAUUCGCUUUAUUUCUCAAAUCUCAACGCAAAUGGGUCAAUCCUCCUUUAGCUUCUGAUGCUCGCGAUCAAUUCAAGGCUUUAUGCAAAGAACAAAAAUACGAUGCCUCGAAAUUCGUUCUCCCACAUUGUUCAUAUCUAGUCAAUUUAGCACAACCAGAUGAAGAGAAAGCCAAGCAAGCAUACGAUUGUUUUCUGGACGAUCUGAAAAGGUGUGAAGAGUUAGGUAUCAAACUUUACAACUUUCAUCCGGGAAGUACAGGUGGCAACCCAAGACCGGAAGCAAUCGAGCGUAUCGCAGCUCAAUUAAAUAAAGCUCACAAAGCAACGAAGACAGUAAUCACACUGUUGGAGAAUAUGGCAGGAGCUGGAAAUGUGAUUGGUUCUACAUGGGAAGACCUUCGGGACAUUAUUGCUCUUAUUGAUGAUAAAUCCCGAGUUGGUGUUUGUCUAGAUACAUGUCAUACAUUUGCUGCAGGAUAUGAUCUGAGAUCACCCGAAGCUUUCAAGAAAACUAUGGAUGGGUUCGACAAGAUUGUUGGAUUACCAUAUCUAAAAGCUUUGCAUCUCAAUGACAGUAAGUCACCGUUAGCAUCAAACCGGGAUUUACACGCCAAUAUCGGUACUGGAUUUCUUGGCCUUCGAGCAUUCCACAAUGUCGUAAGCUUUGAACCCUUUCAAAAUAUGCCUAUGGUUCUCGAAACACCAACUGAGAAGAAGGACGCAAAGGGAAAGACUGUCGAGGAUCCAUCUACGUGGGCUAAGGAGAUUAAGUUACUCGAGGGACUACUCGAAAGAGAUCCUGAAAGCAAGGAGUUCCAGGAGGAAGAGCAACGUUUACAGGACUUAGGAGCAGAUGAACGACAGAAGUUUCAGGGUCAAGCCGACAAGAAAAAGCAAGAAGUUCUCAAAAAGGGACAAAAGACUCUUGAUGCAAUGUUCAAGAAGGGAUCAGCAAAAAAGGGCAAGAAAGGUACAAAGGAGAGUGAUGGCGAGGAAUCUGAAGAUGGCGGUUGUUCACAUUGA